GGGUGGUACAUACUCCGCGCGGCGCGUGCUCGUCGACCCACCGUCGGGCCGGUGGUUCAGUUUGGCCCAGCUGGUUGGCUUGGGUUAUCCUCCAUCGAUCUCUCAUCUCUCAUCACCCUUGGUCGAUUUGUUUCUCUCUUUAAUAUUUUUAUUUCUUUCUUCCCUUCAAGCUUGUCAAGUUUCCUUUGUCUUGUCGAUGUUCUACACAAAAUAAUACACAUACUCUGCGAAUCUUCAGUAAAUACAAAUAUUUAAACAAAUAUUCACAACCAACCAUCAACGCACUCCUUCCUGUGUAACAAGAACACUGAGACCACCCGAAAAACAUUCGAUUCCUCUUGACCAUUUUACUAAUCAUCAUCAUCCCCUUCCAGCUGGCAAACUCAUCUCCUCUAGUCUCUCCAACCGACUCAGACUCCCCUCCCCUCUCCGCAUCCCAUCCCACCGAAGGAUACUCAAACCAUGCAAGGCUUGCCUGCCCCACCACCCUCGAUUGGCUAUGAUGUCAACGAGUUUCGAAGGUUCUUCAAAUUCGGCCUCGACCAACUCCAGUAUAACAAUAAGUACAUCAUCAACGAUCUCACCACCCUGGCCAGUGUCUACCACCAUCGGAUGUCUACCUACAUCGUCAAGGAUAUCGAACAACACAUUCGAAACAGCCAUCCGUCGCACAGAUUGAUUGGAUUUUACGUCUUGGAUUCAAUUUGCAAGAACUUGGGUCAUCCGUUUCCUCAGUUAUUCAAACCAUUCAUUGAACGAUUGUUUUUAAUUGCUUACCGGGAUAUUGAAGACGUCGAUCCAAUCACCAAGGUCAAAUUCGAGGAACUUCUAGGAACCUGGAGAACUGGAUCAGCCAACCAAACCGAGCUCUUCGAUCCGGACAUCCAGAGAAGGAUAGAAGAAAGCGUCUUUGGUAACUGGCGACGGGACGAUUCUAAUGCCAGCCAAGCUUUCCUGAGUGGGAUAAAACAACAACCAGCAGUUGCCACUCCUGCCGAAAAGGCUAGCAUUUUAUUUGAUGUGCGAAGGAUCUUAUCGGAACGCGACCAGGUUGCCGCAGCUUAUCCAGCCGAUGAAUCUAACCUGGCUCAAAUUGCCACUCUCCAACAACUCGAACAAUUAAUCGCGACCCAGCAACUUACAAUCAGUCAGGUUGAUGACAUCCGAAAACAGCUCCAGCCUCUCAAAGCCAGCCUCCUCCCGCCCGCCCCAGUUGAGUGUGGUAUUCUACCGUCACAUUUACCGGCAAUUGUACCUCAGAUGGCUCCUUUACCUACCCUUCCUCCUCUUCAUCAUUCAAUUCAACCCUAUGGAGACUCUGAUUCACUUGCUAGUCUUACUAGACUCCUAGACACCAAUCCAAAUAUCCUUCUCCAGGCAGUCAAUCAAUCAACUCAUCCUAUUUCUCAGCAUCAAACCUCCUUCAACUUUGAUCCAAAUCUGCAACUGGGUUUUAACCAUCCAGAACAGCAUUCACAGUCCGCUGUUGUCUCCUCCGCUCCUCAGCUUGCGCAAGAACAAUCAAAUACAAAUAUGUUCGACAGCCAGCAACUAGCUGCCGCGCUUGCUUAUCUGAAUCCGGCAGCUCACAAUGGUUUGUUACCCAACCCAGGUGCUCAAGACCGACCGAUCGAGAUUACUCAGCAACCUAGCCCCGCGCCCUCCACGCUUAGCACUAGCGAAAGUCUCCCGGCCUCGCACACGGAUCCGACCAUAGUUGAAUACGAAAAUAUGAUCGCCAGUUUACCGAUAGAACUUCAAAACUCAUCCAUCAAUCGCGUCAAAGCAGCAGACAUUGCUGACAUCCUUUAUUCACACAUUCCUCAGUUCUGUCGCCAGGAUGGCAGUCGCUUCUUGUAUGGAAAGAUUGGGAGUCAGCGGGCAUCAGAGCAACUUGAUCGACACUUUCGACUUCAGAGGCGAGUGCAUGAGUCGGGACAACGUGCACAACAGAGGAUGUGGUCCCAAUUACAAUCCGAAUGGAUCGACUCUCACGACUUUGGGAUCGCCGGCCAUGGGGAGAACUCGAAGGCCGAGGGAAGUCAGAGCAAGAAGAGGAAAUCGAUAGACGAAGAAAAAUCGGAGACCGAGCUUUCGAAGAAGUCAAUCGUUCGACCCAGCUCGCCCGGCCUGGCUAGUCAACCCUGUCCGAUCUGCCAAGAGUCAUUCGAGACUCGGUUCGAUGAGGAUGAGGCGGAAUUCUACUGGACGAAUGCGGUCGAGUUGACGAAGGAGGCCGGCAAGCGAGUGGUCUAUCACGCGACUUGUCAUUACGAGACGAUUCGGAACAAGGCCCGGAUGAAGAUCAAGUCAGAACUGGAGGAGAACCGGCUCAAGAAGAGGAUUCAAUUGGACGCCGAGCGGAAGAGUCGGAGUGAGAAUGGAAGCAGAGAGCAAGCUAAUGGAGCUGGAGGAGUUGAGCCGCUGACUGAGCUUGGUAGUAGUUGUAAUAAUGAUAAUCAAGCAGUCGACUCUACGACUGGUGAUGGAGAGACAUGUUUACUUCAGCUUGAUGAAGCAUUCUUUGGCGGAGAGAGUGAGAGCACUAAGAUCAAACUUGAGUCUUCUGAUCCGAUUCCUCCUACUAGUACUUCCUCAGAGUUAAUCGUAGCCCAUCUUCCUAAUGAUGAUCCACAAGUAAAACUUGAAGCCAACCUCCCGCUUGUAAUCCCUCCUCCUAGUAAGGCCUCUCCUCGUUUGCUCGGCAAACGCAAAUCCUCUCCCAUUGAGCUUCUUGAUCCUCUCUCUGAUCUGCCUGAUCACUCUGUUCAUCUACCCUCUGAGGUGACGAGUAAGAAGUCCAAACUGAGUUCAACUUGACUCAUUCUUCUUCUUUUUUGUUGUCGUUGUUUUUCUCUUUUUUUAUUUUUUUUCAAAAAAAAAAAAAAAUGAAAUCAAAAAUCCAUAUAGUAAUCAUCGUUUCACGUCAACAUAUUUUUAUAAAAUGUAAAGCGGCAACCCAAUCAUCAUUUUCAUUAGUUGUGAUCUUUUUUUUUAUUUUAUCUUUCUCUUCUUUCAUGCGUACAUUUUUCUUUUUUUUUUAUCGCGA